CUAAAUCUGUGAAGCCUGAACAGGCGGGUCUGGUACAGGCUUUUGACAACCAAAUGCUUGUCUGGUGAGUCAUAAGGAAGUGAAAAAAAAGUUUGUCUCACGUGACCACGUUCAACAGAGACUGGCAGCUGGGACCACUUAGGUUUCCUUUUCAUGUCAGUUAGGAGAAAGUCUAGUUAAUGUUUUCUGCUUGGAGUAAAGGGACCUUUCUUGUUUAACAUCAACAUCCAGACUGAAGGAACUAUGUCAUGAUGGGCAUACGGGAGGAGGGUAAACUUUUUUUAUGUGUUAGCGCAUUCCUUAACUUUCUUUAGUCUGCAGUUGGGCUGUCAGAAAAACUGAGUAUGGAAGACCGCUUUGCAGCUGGGCGGGCUGUCGACGAGGCAACAUCACAGCAAAAUCAAAAUAAGACAGAAGGCACGGUCAUCUCCGCCCACCAUGGAAGCAUCAUCAAUGCAAACCAUUUUAAUAAUGUACACGCAAAUAAUAUUACUUUUAACACAAGCUGUACACAUGUUCCAGCCCAGACAGACCAAGCUAAUGUUGUCACUCCCAAACUGGAAGAGAACAUCCAACGUUGUCAAGAUGAAUUAAAAGGCUACCUUCGGUCAAGAACAGAGACUCUGUUUCCAGGAAUGGCAGAAGAAUCCUCGAACCUUUCUUUAAACAAAACCUAUACAGAGCUGUACAUCACAGAGGGAGGCAGUGGUGAAGUCAACAGGGAACAUGAGAUCAUUGAGCUGGAGUGCACAAGGUGUACAAACGAAGAAAAAAAAAUCCAUCUCAAUGAUAUUUUCAACGCUUUACCAAAUGAAAAGUAUCUCCAAAAAAGAGUUCUGACUAAAGGAAUCGCUGGUAUUGGAAAAACCGUGGCUGUUCAGAAAUUCACUCUGGACUGGGCAGAUGGAAAAGCAAACCAUUUGUUUCAUUUUGUAUUUCCCUUCACAUUUAGAGAUCUAAACUUGAUAAAUGAGAAAAGUGUCAGUCUUAUUGAUUUAAUAUGUGACUAUUUUGAAGAGGUCCAGGACUUGAAAGAUUCAGUAUACAAGCAAUCUAAUCUUUUGUUCAUCUUUGAUGGCCUGGAUGAAAGCAAAUAUCCUCUGAACUUUGAGAAUAACGCGAUGUGUCGCAGUGUUACAAAGACUACAACAGUUGACGUCAUACUCACAAACUUAUUCAAAGGCACACUGCUGCCAAAAGCUUCGGUCUGGAUCACAACUCGACCAGCUGCAGCCAAUAAGAUUCCUCCAAAUUGCAUUAACAUAGUGACAGAGGUACGAGGCUUUAAUGACGAGCAAAAGGAGGAAUACUUUCGAAAGAAUAUCGGUGACAAGAAUGUUGCUCAAAGGAUCUUAGAUCAUCUUCUGUCGAAACCUUUGAGAAGUCUUUACAUCAUGUGCCACAUUCCUAUUUUUUGUUGGAUUUCAGCCACUGCACUUCAGAGCCUUCUGUCAAAUCAGGAUCAAAAUGAACUCCCCAAAACUCUAACAGAAAUGUAUAUGCACUUCCUGAUCAAACAGACAGAGUUGAAAAAACAAAAAGAUUACCACGGAGGUGAUCCGGACAAAGAUAUGGUCAUGAAAUUGGGAAAACUGGCAUUUGAACAGCUGGAAAAGGGGAACAUAAUCUUCCAUGAAGAAGACUUGAAAGAAUGCAACAUUGACCUGAAACAAGCUGCUGUUUAUUCCGGUGUUUGCACACAGAUCAUAAGAAAAGAAAGUGGUCUUCACAAAAAGGUUGUUUACUCUUUUAUACAUUUAAGUGUCCAGGAGUUUCUUGCAGCUCUGUAUGUACACAAGACCUUCGUAGAGCAUGGGGAAAAUCUUCUCAGCAAAAAAACUGUGAAAGUGGUGUCUGUGGGAGGAGAAAGUCCGGUCAUUUUUCUACAUAAAAGUGCAGUGGAUAAAGCUUUGGACAGUGAUUAUGGACAAUGGGACUUGUUCUUACGGUUCCUGCUGGGUCUGUCUCAAGAUAAAAACCAGGAGCUUCUUAGGAAAGUCUUCGGAGCAAAAGACAGACUUCCACAGAGCCGCGAGGAGACAAUCAUCUACAUUCACCGUAAAAUAGAGAAGAUGUCAUAUACCAACCAGGGCAUUAAUCUAUUCCACUGUUUAAAUGAGUUGGGAGACCAAUCUCUUGUGGAGCAAGUCCAAAGGUUCUACAAGUUGGGGGAUGUCAGUAAGAUUUUACCGGCCCACUGGUCGGCUCUGGCUUUCGUGCUACUUGUUUCCAAUGAUGACUUGUCUGUUUUUGAUCUGAAAAAGUAUCAUGGAUCUGAUGCAGUUCUAGAGAGGCUGCUACCAGUGCUCAAAGCAUCAAGGACAGCUUUGUUAAGUGAGUGUAACCUCACUGACAGGUGCUGCAGUAACAUUUCUUCAGCUCUCACCAUGAAGUCUGGUGGCCUGGAAGUGCUGGAUUUAAGCGGAAAUCGUCUGAAAGACUAUGGAGUAGAACUGCUGGCUGAGAGCCUAAAGAGUCCCAACUGCAAACUUAAAGGACUCCGAUUAAAACAGUGCGGCAUAACAACAGAAGGAUGUCAGCAUUUGGCCAGAUGUAUAGCUUCCAAUCCAUCUUAUCUGAGAGAGCUGGAUCUCAGCAAAAACAAAUUUCAUGAUGAGGGAAUGAAGCUUCUUUCUGGUGUUCUCAGGAAAUGCUAUUUGGAAACACUGAGGGUGUCUGAGUGCGGUCUUAAGGCAAAAGGAUGCACAGACCUGGCAUCCGCUCUUUACUCCAAUCCAUCGUACCUAAAGAACUUGGAUCUGAGCAGGAACAGCUUCGAUAGAACAUCGGUGGAUCAGCUUUCUGACUUCCUGAAGCACCCUGACUGCCAGCUGCAACGAUUGUGGCUGUCUGAAACCAACUUACAAAGAGAAGGUGCAGCUGUUCUGGUCUCAGCUCUGAACCCGAUUCACCUGAAGGAAUUAGACCUGGGAGCCAAUCAAAUAGGUGAUGCUGGGGUGCAGGAAAUUUCUGCACUGCUACAGAGCCCACACAGCAAAAUUGAAGCCCUGAGACUUGCAGAUUGUUGCUUUGAGGAUAAAGGCUGUGCUGCGUUGUUGUCAUCUCUAUUGACAAACCCGGCCCAUUUAAGAGUCCUGGAUCUGGAAUGGAACUACUUUAAAGAAGAAAGUGUUGAAAAACUCUCAGCGCUCUUGGAAAACCACAGCUGUCAACUAGAAACACUAAAACUUGCAGCUUGUCGCUUUAAAGAUGAAGGCUCUGCUGCGUUGUUGUCAUCUCUAUUGACAAACCCGGCCCAUUUAAGAGUCCUGGAUCUGGAAAGAAACAUCAUUAAAGAAGAAAGUGUUGAAAAACUCUCAGCAUUCUUGGAAAACCACAGCUGUCAACUAGAGAUACUAAACCUGAGCUGCUGCUUUACAACACCAGAUGGAUGCAAGCCUCUGAUUUUGGCUUUUAGCCGCUGCUCUUUCCUCCGAGAGCUCAACCUCUCGUACAACCCCAUCACCAGCGAGAGCCUGAAGCUGGUGUGUGAUUGGUUAAGCAAAGCCGAAUGUAAACUAGAGGUACUGAGGUUGUCCCAUGUGGAGGAGAGCACCUGUGAGCUGCUGGCUGUAGCUCUGAGGUCAAACCCUUCACACCUGAAAGAGCUGGAGCUGAUCAAAAGUCAUCCAGGAGAAUCGGGUCUGAAGAUGCUGACUGAUUUACAGAACAACAAUUUCAAACUGAUUCUGACAGACUGAAUGUAGAACAGACCACCUCAGUGACACUGACAGAAACACUGACGAUAUCAGGGUUGUUUUUAAAUGUAUGCCUGCUUGAGCAUUACGCGCCUUUAUUCGCCUUUUUACAGAAUGUCUUUCAGUUUGUUCAUCAACUAAAUAUAAUCUUCAGGAAUCCUCAGACUUCAGAAAGUCUUUAAACUGAAUAUCUGUGACAUUUUCUUUACAUUUGCAGGUUUUUUGACAUGUUAACUUUUUGACAAUCUCAAGUCAACAUGAAUAUAUUUUUGCCCACUUAACAAUCAUGUGUUAGCAGAGUUUCAAGUCCGUUCAAUACCUCUGUGAUGACAUUAUGAUGUUUGCAUAUUUGGGUUCAGCCCGGAGGAACCUGAAAGCUGUAGUGGUAUCUGAUCCAGAAGGCGUGGUCCCUGCCCAUCUACGUGGCUUGGUCACGAGAGAAUUUGUUGGACUGAAAAUGAAACUGAACAAUCUGGAUAACCAGGCGACAAAGAGAGGCAGAAAAAAGGCAGCAGUGAUGUAGCUUUUCUUUGCCAAGCCUGCGCAGCUGCACAGUGAGACAUGUGAGUUUCUCUGUUUGGGUGUGACUUCCUGUUUUUACAGGGCAGGACUGGUAGCUGCUGCUUCACCGUUGCAGCCCACAUCCACUUUUUGGGAGAGUGUGCUUAAGGAGCGGCAGGACCUGAUAUGCGUAUGGCUUCACUGGCCUAACAGCUGUUAUUGUUCUUAACUACUGCGACUUGUCCUCAUGGCCUUGAUUGGAGGGAGCCAUGUUUGCGACUGUCUCUGUGUCUCUGGUGGUGGAGUGGGGGGAUUAUAAGACUGCAACAUUGAUUGAUGGUACAAUUAACACAUAAAGGGAUGCUCGAGACUGUGAUUCAUAAAUGUAAGGUUGUAUAUUCGUAUGUGGCCCAAUCAUUAAAACAGUGCUGUGUUCAAAGGGUUAAUCCUGUUAUAAACACUACUUUAAUUAAAAUAAUCAUGUAAUAUAAUCUAGAUUUAAUGUGUUUUAAUUACUGGAUGCAGUCUGAUUUUAAGCUGCCCGGCCAACUGGCUUUUGGUGUUAUAUUGCACAGGAACAAUAACCGUACUUUUCAAUCAGCAUUAUUGAUUUUAUUUGGCAGUUUGCACACAAGAUGGCAGUAUAGUGUCAGAAGCAAUGGGUGUGGUCACCUUGUAUUUAGAAAGAGAUAGCGGUUAAAUAAAACAUUAUUUUUAUUAGGUAAAAGUCAAACAGCUGCAUGUUUAGAAUGUAAAGACAUAAAAAGUGUAGAACAUAUAUUGUUACAAUUCAGGAAAUGUAAGGAUGAGAGGAUUAGGCUAAAUCAAAAGACAAAACAGGCAGGAAGAAACUGGGCCAUUGGAUGUUUAUUCAGAGCAACAGGAGAGGGGGUGAGGAAAACACAGAAAGCUGUGCCAUUUUUUUAGGGGUAUAUUAUAGGACUGAAGAAGAAUAGAGGUUUGAUUAUUGACACCCAGAAAACCUGAUUGCUUUUGUUUUUGCUUCAUUUUGUUUCCUAGGGAAUUAGCAACCACAGAGAUGAUUUUGACAUCUCUGUUGUCUUAUGUAAAUUAUUAAGAGAAAUGUGAAUGUAUUUGAUUAAUUUUAUAGAUUGUGUGUAUAAAUGUGUAUUAUAUUAGAUGGAUUUAGAAACUAACAUUAAAAUCUUAAUGAAACUA